AUGGCCGAACCAGCAAGAUCUCCGCCGCAAACAGUGGGCAUGCUCGCGCGCACGCUCGACGAGCUCGGACUCGUCACGAUGUGGCGGUCGUCGCGAGACGCCAAGUUCCUCUGCGCGCAGCGCUUUGUGCGCCUUUUCGCCUACGGCGGCUCAACGCUCAUCCUGGCAAGCUAUCUGUCCGCCGUCGGCAUCGCGGACGACAUGAUCGGCCUGUUCAUGACGCUCACGCUCGUGGGAGAUGUCGUGCUCAGCUUCUUCCUGACGCUCUUUGCCGACGCCAUGGGACGCAGGGCCGUGCUGGCGCUGGGGUCGGUGCUGAUGGCCGGCAGCGGCGUCGUGUUUGCCGUGUCUGGCAACUACUGGCUGCUGCUGGCCGCCGCUGUCUUUGGCGUUAUCAGCCCUGGCGGGAACGAGAUUGGGCCCUUCCGCGCGGUCGAGGAAUCGACCCUCGCUCACCUGACGCCGCACGAGCAGCUGCCGGAUGUCUUUGCCUGGUACUCGCUGCUGGGCACGGCCGGCACCGCACUGGGCCAACUGGCCUGCGGGUGGACCAUAGGUUUGCUGCAGUCGCUGCACGGUUGGGAUUAUGUCCCCGCCUGCCGCAUCAUCUUCUCCGUCUAUGGUGCCGUUGGUGUGCUCAAGCUGAUGCUGGCCUUGGCCCUGACCAGCAACGUGGAAGCGGCCAAGGAAGAAGACACGGGGGUGCAGGGCGAGGCGCAGAGUGGAGAGACACGCCCGCUGCUAGCAGAUUCUGCUCCCUCAGCGCAAGCGGAGCAGCAGCCUGCGCGGCAGAGGAGGGGUAUCUUUGCGUCGAUCGAGCGAGAUCUGUGGUCACUCAUGCUCCGGCUGUUCAUCCUCUUCGCGCUGGACUCGUUCGCUUCCGGGCUCGCAUCGCUGUCCUGGAUGACCUACUUCUUCCGCGGCAAGUUCAGUCUGCCUGAGGGCGAGCUGGGCACGAUAUUCUUUUCCACCAGCGCCAUCUCAGCCGCGUCCAUGCUGGUGGCUUCGUCAAUCGCCAAGCGCAUUGGCAACGUCAAGACAAUGGUCUUCACUCACCUACCGUCCGCCGUCUGCCUCUCCCUGAUCGCGGUCCCCGACGACCUGCCACUGGCACUCACCUUCCUCAUCCUGCGCGCCAGCACGCAAAGCAUGGACGUCGCACCGCGCUCGGCCUUCCUCGCUGCCGCGCUCCCGCCCAGCAAGCGCACAGCCAUCAUGGGCGCCGUCAACGUGGUCAAGACCACUGCCCAGAGUCUGGGCCCGCUGCUCACCGGUGUCUUGGCGCGCAACAACCUGUUCGGGCUGGCCUUUAUCAUUGCCGGUAUUUUGAAGGCCGCAUAUGACAUCGGCAUGCUGGUGAGCUUUGGCGGAAAGGAGGCUGCGGAACGGAAGCGGGCAGCAGCGCAACGGGCCGAGGAAGAGGCUCAGUAG